AUGGCUCGCCCAAGCCUCGGCGGGGUUGGUCAAGCCUCGUCGGGGUUGGGCGAGCCUUGCCUUAGUCGUCAAGCCUUAGUGGCCAAGGGAGGCUCCGGAGGCCCACCUCUUUCGGUGGCCGGCUUGCCUCUAAUUGGUAGUGCAUCAGCCUAUCUGCAGUCAAGCACUUUCCCUGCAACGCGUUACUUUGUGCUCUUGGUUUCCUCAAUUCUUGUGAUCACCUGGCUAAAUUUAAGCAAUGAUGUUUAUGAUUUCGAUACAGGAGCAGAUAAAAAUAAGAGGGAAUCAGUUGUGAACCUGAUCGGAAGCCGAACAGGAACUCUUCUUGCAGCCUAUAUGUUUCUUGUUCUUGGCUUGAUAGGUCUGACAUGGGUGUCCCUAGAGGCAGGACAUUUACGUGCAAUGCUGUUACUGGCUUGUGCUAUCAUCUGUGGUUAUAUAUAUCAGUGUCCACCAUUUCGAUUAAGCUACCAUGGACUUGGAGAGCCCUUGUGCUUUGCAGCAUUUGGACCUUUUGCUACUACGGGCUUUUACUGGUUAAUGGGCAACAACAGUAGCGUGAACUGUCUUCCCUUAACUGGGACUGUUCUGUGCGCAUCUCUCCUCGUUGGCUUCACAACCUCUUUAAUACUCUUCUGCAGUCAUUUUCAUCAGGUGGAAGAAGAUACGGCAGUUGGGAAAAUAUCCCCUCUGGUUAGGCUUGGCACAGAGAAAGGUUCAUCUGUUGUGAAAGUGGCGAUCACAGCACUCUAUUCUCUUCUAUUAACUUUCGGUCUCAGCAGAGAUCUUCCCUCUAGUUGCAUUAUACUGUGCCUUCUGACCUUACCUAUGGGAAACCGGGUCGUUAGCUUUGUGGACGAGAAUCAUGAGGACAAGCGAUCAAUUUUCAUGGCAAAGUAUCAUUGCGUGAGGUUACAUGCUUUGUUCGGAGCUUCAUUAGCUGCUGGAUUGGUGAUAGCUAAAUUUGUCUGCAAGAGAUAUAUUCCAAGGUUGAUCUUAGCCUAAGUUCUCAACCUCGCCUCAUGCAUCAAGGACUUGAUGAGGUACGAGCUCCCAUGCGGAAAGUCACGAAGUACUUGGUUGGGCGCUUGGUUGGAUUACGACCAUGCGUCAAUGAUGCCAAGAAAAGGCCACAAUUUUGCAAUCUGUUUGUAGUUUUAUUAAAGUGUGGGCUUGCCUUUCUCUGCUAGAUGAGCAGACUUAGGUACUAGUUCUGUUUACAUUGAUGUAUACAAAAAGGAAACCCAUUUAUACAUUAUUCUUAGUUA